GUCAAUUAGCAGUAAAAAAAAAAACUUAUUAAAGUUAGCAUGAACUUGUAAUUCCAUUUAAUUUUCUUCGAUAAGUUUUAGUAAUUAAGUUACUUGUUUAUGAUGUUUUUUAAUAUUUAAAUUAGAUAACAAUGGAACACAUAAGGCAGUUUGAUUGGUGUUUUUCUCAACCAGAUAUAUAUUUCCUAAAGGAAGAUGAUCUUAGUAAGAGUGUGACAGAGAAAAUACUCCGCAAUAAAUUCCAUGAUCCAUUCAUAUCUAGCGAUUCAGAAGAAGAAACCCCUAAAAUCAACUGGGAUGAAGUAUUUACCAAGAAAGAGAUUUUGAAUAGAGAAUAUGGUGUCUAUGUGCCAUGUUUACCAAAGAUACAGUACCCAAAGGUCUCAGCCCUCACUGCCCACCAGCAGUAUCAGAUCCUCAAGGUCAUUUGUGCAGAUCAUCCCCACAUCCUAGAACAGGUGUUCAUACCACGGCCAACUAAGACAGAUCGUCGAGUUUUUGAGGAACUUAAGCCUAUAUAUGAAAAAGAGCAGAAAGAAUACAUGGAGUGGGCUAAAACCCUCUGGACUAAUGUACACUGCGUCAGAGCACUACGUCCCAAGCCGACAAUCGAAACUGUUUAUGAUGCUAGGUUUAAGAUGAGAGCCAGUGAAAUGGAGUCAUAUCCUAAAACAUUUAAUAUGGCAGCCCAGAUACCUCUGGAAUCAAGAAGUAACACCAUCGAAUUGAUCCUAGAAAAGGAAUUGAUAAAUGUUGAUAUUAAAGCGUUACCUCAAAUUGAAUGCAGACCGAUAACAAAGAAGCUAAGUAUAAUGAAACCUUGUUUGAUUCCGGAGCCUUGCAACAAACAUCCCUGCAGAUUCAUAUUGCCAAAUGAAAAGUCAGUUUCCAUACUUCCCUACACGGAGGUUCAAAGGGAGCUGGCACAGUUCGCGGUCGACAAUGGCUGUCAGUACAUAGCCAGCGAAAACGCUCUCAGGUGUCUGGUGGAGCAGGACAGAUCCUGGGAUAUUCCCGUAUCCGUCUGCUCCGUGUUUGGACCCGAUGGUGAAACGACGGACGUAGUCGUACUAGGCAACGAGUUCUCAAUAAACAGGGAGUCAGUUCUCGUCAGGACCUACAAAGCCUACAAACAUCUACUUCAACAUACCCUCUUACCACCGGCUGAAAAAAAGAAAUUGAACUACAAAAAUUAUGAUCAAGAAAAAAGUAAUCAAGAAUCAAGCAAUAUGAACGUCUUUAAUGACAUGGACGUGUCCUCCGACGAUGAAGAUAACGGCUUGUGUAUAGAUGAUAAUUCACAAAUGAGUUGUGCGGAGGAAUCGCAACCAGCUAACGACGAUGAGGAAAGCGAACAAGAAGCAGCGACGAGUGAUAACAUAAGCGAGAAGCGAAACGAAGAAAAGACGAAGACGGAUAAUGUGGAGUUCUAUAAUUGUACUUGUAAAGACACGAUGUUCGAGCUGCCGCCCCCCCGGUCCUUCAAGAAGUGGCGGCUCGUUGACAGAACAACCGACGAGAAUUUCAGUAUCGUUAUACACUGUUCGCAUAAAGUUCGGGACAACAACGGCGAAGUGUUACUAGAGCCAAUCCCGGAGUAUCAGCUGGAUCUCGGCGGCAGCGAGCAGUCCAAGUGUCGAAUUAGAAGCUUGGCACUGGCGCUCCAUCUUAGGAAGAACGUUUCCUUGCUGAAUGUGCGGAUCGACGGCGCGACCGGGGAGGUGGCGACUUUCGAAGCGACGAGCGCGGACGGGCUGCGCGCGGCGCACGCGGCCGCGCUGCCGCUCGCGGCGCGCGCGCUGCUCGGCGCGCUGGCGCAGCUGCGCGGCCUGCUCGCGCGCCGCUACGUGCUGCGCCACGAGCCGGGCCACGGCAGCAACGCGCUGCUGUUCGCGGGCGCGGCGGCGGCGGGCGCGGCGCUGCGCCUGCACUUCGACUGCGCGCGCGCCGCCGCCGACGACGAGCUCGGCCUGCGCGCGCCGCCCGCGCUGUGCGCCGCGCUGCUGCCCUACCACAAGUACCUACCGCCCCCCUCGCCCGUCCUCUGCCCCCCGGCACACACCCCCACCCGGCUCGCCGAGGUUCAACACCGGCGCAUGGCCCCGUGCGCCUUCACCCCGCACGAGCAGCACGUGUGCCGCCGCGCCCCGCGCCUGCGCGCCGCGCGCCCCCCGCCGCGCGCGCUGCAGCUGGGAGCGGACGCGGAGGCGGGCGGCGCGCGCGCCAAGGUCGGUCGGCUCGUGGCCAAAGAAAAAAAAGAAGAAGAAGAAGAAGUGCUAAUGGUGUAA